CUAUAUAUAAAAGCCGCAACUAACAUUCCUCUUCUCUUUGUGUUCAGCUUCUCUGUCAAAGAAAAUUUAUUAUCUUCUCUAAUUUCGAAAAGUACAGAGAAGCUUAGCUGUUUUUGCUAAAACAAGGUUGAAACGAGAUGGCGGAUGAGGAUAUUCAACCUCUUGUCUGUGACAAUGGAACUGGAAUGGUCAAGGCUGGUUUUGCUGGUGAUGAUGCCCCUAGGGCAGUGUUCCCUAGUAUUGUUGGUCGCCCACGCCACACAGGUGUAAUGGUUGGCAUGGGUCAAAAGGAUGCUUAUGUAGGUGAUGAAGCCCAGUCAAAGAGAGGUAUCCUUACCUUAAAGUACCCUAUCGAACAUGGCAUUGUCAGCAACUGGGAUGACAUGGAGAAGAUUUGGCACCAUACUUUCUACAAUGAGCUUCGUGUUGCCCCUGAAGAACAUCCAGUACUUCUUACGGAAGCACCACUCAACCCUAAGGCUAACAGGGAGAAGAUGACCCAGAUUAUGUUUGAAACAUUCAAUGUGCCUGCUAUGUAUGUUGCUAUUCAGGCCGUUCUUUCACUUUAUGCCAGUGGUCGUACAACAGGUAUUGUCUUGGAUUCUGGUGAUGGUGUGAGCCAUACGGUGCCGAUUUAUGAAGGCUAUGCUCUCCCCCAUGCUAUCCUUCGGUUAGACCUUGCUGGUCGUGAUCUUACAGAUUCCUUGAUGAAAAUCUUAACUGAGAGAGGGUACUCUUUCACGACAACUGCAGAACGGGAAAUUGUUCGUGACAUGAAAGAAAAGCUUGCUUAUGUUGCUCUUGAUUAUGAACAAGAAUUGGAGACUGCCAAGAGCAGCUCUGCUAUUGAAAAGAGUUACGAAUUACCUGAUGGGCAAGUGAUCACGAUUGGAGCAGAGAGGUUCCGUUGCCCUGAAGUACUCUUCCAGCCAUCUCUGAUUGGAAUGGAAGCUGCUGGAAUUCAUGAAACUACUUACAACUCAAUCAUGAAGUGUGAUGUUGAUAUCAGGAAGGAUCUGUACGGAAACAUUGUGCUUAGUGGUGGAUCAACCAUGUUCCCUGGUAUUGCUGAUAGGAUGAGCAAGGAAAUUACUGCUCUUGCCCCAAGCAGCAUGAAGAUCAAGGUGGUUGCACCUCCCGAGAGAAAAUACAGCGUCUGGAUUGGAGGAUCCAUUUUAGCGUCUCUUAGCACCUUCCAGCAGAUGUGGAUUUCCAAGGGUGAGUAUGAUGAAUCAGGUCCAGCCAUUGUUCACCGAAAGUGCUUCUGAUUUGGAGGAAGAGUUGGACGAUCUUGAAGUCUACAUUAUUCAGACAUGUGUCGUAUGUGAGUUCAUUUUGGUUGACUUCUGACGCUCUGGGUUAUCAAUGGAGGAAAGAUGCUGGUAUAGUUGAUGCUUUGAGUGCGCUUUCGCAUUGGGAUUUCAGAUUUUAGAUGCCAAAUUAUUAUUGGCAAUGAGUGGCUUGUGUUGAACUUGGUAGUUGCUUUGGUCUUAUUAUUUUUCUAUUAGGCCAAAAAUUUUUUAGGUGCUUUUUUGUUAGAACAGGAUGCAAAUUUUAUGUCUUUUUUCUCCUAUUUUGGGGAUUUUUGGGUCUUUGUUGUUUUAGUUCCAUUGAAGUAAAAGUAAUUCUUAUGUCAGUUUGCAGUGAA